AGCUCGGGUCAGAGUUCAUUAAACAUCGCCAGAGCUCGCAGCAUAUUCAUGUGUCUCAUACUUUUCUACAGACAGUGCACUGUGCGUGUUCUAUUUACCCUUCGGGUCUCUUCGGCCUGAGACGGGGUAACACCAGCUCCGACAUCCGACUUCUGAGGCAUAAAUCAUCUCACCUGACAUCACUGUAUCACAUAGAGGAACCUUCUGCGAGAAAAGGCUAAAAGCUCAAGUCUCUUCUACACACAGUACGAUCAGAGGCUACGAAGGGUAUUUGUUGUGAGUGAUAUGAAGCCAUUAAGAUGCUUUUUGUCCAUUUUGAAGAUCGAUAAACGACAAACCAGUCUAAAUGGUUUAAAAGGUCUGGCUUUUUAUAGGCCCACAUUUAUUCGUUUAGCAGAUGCUUUUAACCAGAGUUACAAAGAAUAAGAAAUAAGUCCUCUAGAUGGCGCCAUCUGUACUGCUUUUUAAGCAGAAUAGAUGGCGGAUGCUGUUUAUUUUGAAUGCUGUUGUCAUUAUAUUCUGUAUUCUGAUUUUUUUUUCUUCUUCUUCUUUUUUUAUCAUAUUAAUAAACGAUCCUAAUUGUGGUUCUACUUUGGGUUCCCAUUAAAGACUUUCUCCUCUGAAAGCUGAUAUUCAAAAUAGUUUUCUACUGAAGCAUAGUUCCCUUGUUGCAUCAUCACUCCACCCCACUGUCUCGUUCAUGUAAGUAAAGGGGAAACAACCACCAAUUGUUCGUGCAAAGACGUUGUGGUGAGCAUUGAUAACACACUUGAAGGAAGGACAAACGGAAAGGACCGAAAAUGGCAAACAGCAGUUUGGGACCUGGAAAUCUCAUAGGUCAGCCGCUGAACAACUUAAUGCAGACAGUCUUAUCAGCGAUCAAUAGUGUGGGAGAUGGAGGUCAACAGAACAACUCAACGCAGACAGUCUUAUCAGGCAUUGAAAUCUUCAAUAUAUGCAUAUACUUUGUCGUCUUUGCUCUGGGUAUUGUUGGAAACGGGCUUGUCAUAUAUGUGACUGGCUACAAAAUGAAGACGACCGUCAACUCCAUUUGGUUUCUCAACCUGGCGAUUGCAGAUUUUAUCUUCAUAUUAAUCAUCAUCCUCUACAUUGUUACUGCCUUUAACAAGAUUUGGCUCUUUGGUGACUUUAUGUGCAAAUUUGUCUCCUUCGUGACGGUGCUUAACAUGUUUGCCAGCAUUUUUUUGCUCACCGCUAUUAGUCUGGACCGAUGCCUGUCCACCUGGGUGAUUGUUUGGGCUCAAAACAAACGAACUCUGUUCAAAGCCAGGAUCAUCUGUACAUUCAUGUGGUUUUUGUCCAUUGGCUGCAGCAUCCCGUUUGUUAGGUGCCGCUCAGGACAGAAUAAUACAUGCUCCUAUGUUUGCACUACAGACAUCAUGAAGUCUCUGUUCAUAUACAGGUUUAUGGUGGGCUUUCUCAUCCCCUUCCUGAUCAUUGCAUCUUCAUACAUUGCUAUUGGAGUGCGAGCCAAACGUCUCAAAAGAGGAAAGAAGCUUAAGCCUUUCCGGGUCAUUAUAUCUGUGAUCCUGGCCUUUUUCAUAUGCUGGUUUCCUUUCCAUGUUCAACAGCUGUUUUCCAUAACUGCACAGGAGAAUCAAUGGUCUGACAUGUAUAAAGUUUUUAACAAUAUAGGACCAUUUGUUAACUGCCUGGUUCAUCUCAACAGCUGUCUGAACCCCAUUCUUUAUGUGUUCAUGUGUGAGGAGUUUAAGAAGAAGCUCAAACAGUCUCUGCUCCUGGUGCUGGAGACGGCUUUUGCAGAAGAACAUCUGUCUUUCCGAUCAUCUCGCCCUUCCACGUGUUCACGCCUCUCAGAAUCACAAAGUCUCAAGCAGACAAAUGAAACAACCAUGUCGUCAUGUGGCAGCAACCAGGACAUCAAUACAUGCUGUUAGAAAAUCAGUCUCAGUUAGACUGAAGUGAUCUGAUAAAACAUAUUACAAGCUGUCCACAUUGCUGCCUUGAUGCCUACUGUCUCUUGGCAGAGGUUCAAAGCCAUAUUUGUUUCUAAGACAAUCUGAAGGUUUAAAACAUUGCAAUUUAUGCGCCAUCAGUGACAUCAAACUAAAACAAUGAUUUUUCAUUGUUGACUUUCACAUGCCCCAUUUCCCAUUGGUUGGACAAACUGAUAGCCCCGCCCCAAACUCACACCAUUGGUCGGGUCAGUGUUGCUGCUUGGUUGAAAAUGAUUUGUGUUGUUUAUGCUUUAUGUGGAAAACCUACAAAUGAUUUAUUUUAUACUUUGCUUUGCUUAUUAAAGUGGCUUUGCGGAAAUAUUUUAACAUUAAACAGAUAUUUUUCAGUUUUACAUAUUUUUUUUCGUUGACUUGUUUUACACAACUUUUUGUAAUACUGUAAAUUUAGGGAUAAUAUCUGUUUGUUUGUUGGUUUGUUUUUUACUAAUGUUUAUCUAAUCACCAAAACUGAAGAAAUUCUGUCUGAAACAUUCUGUCUGUAAUCUUCCAGUUUUUUAUAAAUACAA